CCCAUUGAUAUGACAUAAUACAGCUUCUCUUUCAAGUCAAGUAAAGAGAGGAGAAGUCUGAUUCUUUAAGCCGACACUGGGAUACUGAUUGUUCAGGAUGCAGCUGUCACUCCAACUGUUUGGAGCUGUCUGGGUGGCUGUACUUUUGUCCUUUAGUCUCUGCCAAGAUAACUGUCGAGCUCAGGAUGGAAAACCAGGACAGCCAGGAGUUUCUGGGAGAGAUGGCCGACCUGGAUCAAAAGGAGACAAAGGAAACCCAGGUUUGCAGGUGGAAUUAAAUAAGGCGGAACUGAUUGCUCUUAAAGGAAGUAAGGGUGAAGAUGGUCCCAUAGGAGACAUCGGUCCAAAAGGCUUUAAUGGUCUACUUGGUCCACCGGGUCCCAUCGGUCCUCCAGGGAAUCCUGGCAGCAGUGAGGGUACUGGAUUGUCCAGUGCAAAAAAGGCAGCCUUUACAGUAGUGCGUAAAAAGAACGAGAACCCUAGGUACAAUAGCCCUGUGACAUUUACUGAAGCACUUACUAAUUUGAAUAAUGACUUCGACAUUCGAAAAGGAUACUUCACGUGUAAGGUUGCUGGAGUGUAUUACUUUGUGUUUCAUUCCGUCUCUGAGGGUGACCUGUGUCUAAAACUGGUUAGUGAUAACAAUGCUAAAGUGAGCCUGAAAUUUUGUGAUUAUAACCAGCGUAAGACAAGCAUAUCUCAGGUUUUGUCUGGUGGUGUUGUGAUUGAGCUUGCUGUGGGAAAUAAGGUGUGGCUAGAACCAUUUAAAGCCCCUGGACGCGGCAAAGAGACAAAUAAAAUUUCAAAAACUGAAACGUCCGUGUUCAGUGGCUUUCUGAUUUUUGGUAGUGGGUGAAGAAAAUGGAUAUAACCAAUCCAUGUUAGACUGACUGCCAUUGUAACAUUGGUAAUGCUACAUCAGUUUCUACAAUCAUGAAUUUUAAUGCAAGUGUACAAUUUUCCUCUGUGUUUGCAGAUUCUUAAUGUUUUAUUCACUUUUCUUUGCAACCCAAAUGGAUAUUUCAGUUGUAAAACCCAUGCUACAAUAAAACUUUCUGUGAAA